GAUCAACCGGUCUGUGAGGCUGGCAUUCGUGUUUCGGCAGCCGGCCAACGAUGUUGUCCAACAAAGCAGUGAUUGUUCUCUGCAUCUCCAUCUUGAGCAUCUCAUGGAUUCAAGCAAUUUCUGUUGAAAAGGAGAAAGAAUUUUCUCUGCCUGAAAACAUCUCCCGAUUGGUCACUCAAAAUUCCACUUCCGAGCUAACGACUGAAGAAAAUCGAUCUUCAAACGACUCUGCAUCAAAAUCAAUAACUUUUACGGACGAUAAUUCUCUUUCUGAAGAAGACUCUAGUGCCGAUAAUUAUUCUUCGGGAGUAGGCUCUGAUACAGAGGAUGAUCUUCCUGAAGAAGGCUCUGGUACGGGUAUUCAUUUUUCUGGAGAUGGCUCUGAUGAUACAGAUGGUUUUUUGUAUCUGAGAAUUGAAAAGUAUUCAAGAGAUACCAGAAUGAAUCCCGUUCAAUACUUUUGA